AUGGACGUGCUGUACUAUGGGGAGGUCGGGAUCGGGUCACCAGAGCAGACAAUGACGGUGGACUUUGACACUGGUUCCGCGGAUCUCUGGUGCAGCUCGUGCAAGUCUAGUCAAUUCAACAGCCCGCGGAGUAGUACCUACCGGGAUACCGGCAAGCCUUUCAGCGUGGAAUAUGGGUCCGGAUCCGUCUCUGGCCAUCUCGCCCAGGAUGUCGUCCGCCUUGGUAAUACCGCCGUCAAGUCCCAGUACUUUGGCGCAGUCAACGAAGAGUCCGAGGACUUUACAGACAGUCCCCAUUCUGGCGUCAUGGCAGGGAUGGCCUUCUCCAGCAUAGCCUCUUCUGGCCAGAAAACCUACUUUGAGAACCUGAUCGACCAAGGUUCCGUCAAGGUCCCUAUUUUCAGCUUCCACCUUGCCCGACACCAAGAGCAUGGAUCUCAGGUACGUUCCUCCUUCGGGCUUCCCCUCUGUAUUGGCUGCUAUGACUCGUCCAAGUUCACCGGCGCCUUCACCUGGCUUCCCCUCGUCAGUAAGACCUACUGGUCGGUCAGUAUGACCGGUUUCUCCGCCAAAGGAGCGAGCAUGAACGCUCUGUCCCAGACUCUUAUCGGCGCAAUCGACACAGGUACAACCCUCAUCUACGUUCCCCCCCGGAUCGCCUCGCAAUUCUACGCCCAAAUUCCCGGUUCCGAGCCCGCAUCGCAAUACGGCGAAGGCUUCUUCCAAUACCCUUGCAAAGCAGAUGCGGAGCUGAAAUUGCGGAUUGGGUUCAACAAUAAAGGGUUUGAUUGGAAUGUCAAGGAUUUCAAUUUGGGCCGGACGGGGAAGGGGAGCCACAUGUGCGUUGGUGCGAUUCUGGGCGUGAAUGAUGGGUUCCCGGAUGAUCUUGCUAUCAUCGGGGAUGUCUUCCUCAAGUCUUGUGAGCUCCAUCAUCCCCUCCCUUCAUUUGGUACGAGAGAGAAUGUUGAGCUGACGAUCUAG